AUGAGUGAUUCAACAAGUAGCACUGGAGAAAAACGAUCGCAUGACUCCUCGGUCAACAAUGGCAGUGGUAGCAUGGACGUUGAAUGUAAACGGGAAUGGAACGGCAUACCGCGCUCAGAGUUUGUGGUUGUUUCGGAUAACAGCGGUGACGCCAUGGAGUUACCCACUUCUGAAGAUAAUACGUUAUUUAUGACCACUCUGCAAUCUUCAUAUCCUGGUGCUACUGGCAUGAAGUACAAAAAUCCCAAAACCGGAGCCCUAAGAGCAGUCGCGACAACAGAGUGGACGCCACUGGUACCUAAGCUUCUGCCUCCUCUCGAUGGCUGGGACGACAAGGUUUUCACCGUGAUCACUUCGAACGCCCGCGUUGACCGAGGUUCGGAUGUGAGUGUGAAGCGGCGCAAAAUUGGUACAAGUGAUGGAGAGUCGGACAGUGAUGGUGAGGGUCGAGUUGGCCGCAAACGUGCUGCCGACGCUCGAGAUUCGGUGAACGAGCCGGCUUCUUCGCGCCGUCCCGUUGAUCUCAUCGUGCUCGGCGUGAAUUACAAGACCACUGACGAAGGAUUCAAAAAGUACUUCGAAUCAUUCGGUACCGUCUCUUUUGCAGAGCACGAUGGUUUCGGUUUUCCACCAAGUGGAAGUCGCAGUGUCCAACCUUCGAAAACAUUGGUUAAUAAAAUAUUUGUCGGUCGCCUUGUGGAAAAGGUCAGCGAGGACACGCUGCGUGAGUUUUUCGACAAAGAAGCAAAGCAGGUUACCGAGACUGCUUCGGUCACCGAUGUAUUCAUACCGCGACCUUUCCGCGGAUUCGCGUUCGUCACAUUCACGCAUGCUGAAGUUGCUGAGAAGAUGGUCAAAGCGAACAAUUUCGUUAUUGACGGCAUGUCGGUCGUCGUGACUCUUGCUGUUCCACGAGAAGAACCUCAUGAAAGGGGACCGAGUGGACCGCCUGGAUACUUCAACGAUUAUGGAUAUCCAUAUGGGUACGGCAAGGGCGGCGCUGGAUAUGGUGGUUCGCCAGGACCUCUUCCUUAUCAUGGCAGGGAGAUGUAUGGCUACAGCCCUCCUCCUGGAGUGUACGCUCGGCCUCCAUACGAUGCAUGGGUUUCGCCACCAUCAGGCCAUCACGGAACACCUCGCUCAUCACGUGGACCUGGCGGACCGCAUGAGCAGCCAUGGAAUCGACACGCGAAAGAGGUUCCACCUACAGCUUAUCCAGGGCCUGGGCCACAACCAGGGCGGUCAGGCAUCCAACCUCGUCCAGCUGUUUAUCCGAGAAAUCCAAGAGACGGUCUGGCAGGUCAAGCCGCUUCAAAUCAAAUAGCCAGCGGAUUAGACGCGUUGAAUUUGAAUCAGAAAAAUCCAGAAUUAUUAAGCGCUGCUAAAUGGAGCGCAAUUUUUUCAUACCGUAUGAACCAUGGUGGUGCUGUCCACCUCAACCGCAAUAAAACAAUGGUAGUCCCAACAAUGGUUACCAUCAGGGAAAUGUAA